AUGUUACCUAUUGAAUGGUGGGAUUUCUAUGGAGAUAUAACUCCAAAAUUAAAGAGGUUUAGAAUUGGAUUUACUUUGAAAUGUUUUUCAUUUGAAGAUAUUCAUUCAGAUCCUAAUGAAUGGAUAACUGAAGAUCCUAAUGAAGAAAAUAUGCAAGCUGAAGUUAAUGUUGAGCAAGAUGAUGUUAUUGUUAACAAUGUUAUGGAGGUUAAUGUUGUUGUUACUAAUGUUGUGCAAAGUGGUGGUUGUGGUAAAAUUGAAUUAGGUGGAAGUGGAACUUCAAGCAGUCCAACUUGGGUUAAUGAUGAAGAAGUUGUUUCAUCAUAG